AUGGACAACGACACGCCACCACCAAUCCCACCCCGUCCUCCGGGAUGGGUGUGCAGUCCGCUCUCAAGCCCUGGGUCUGGGUCAGGACCGUGGCCCUCAUCUCCGUUCACCGAGCCGCCCCCUCCCCCCUUGCCUCCAAGGCAACCAACGAACGAGGAACAGCAGCAGCAGCAGCAGCAGCAACCACCGGUACACCUCGAGCGGCAAUCCAGACCGUACAGCUAUGUGGUGCCGUCUCGGGAGAGUUCGAGUUCCGGUCACGGCCAAACUCAAAGUCCUCCUCUGCCGCCACGGGGUUUGACUCGCCGGCCUGUCCCGCAGCGCACAACUACAAGGGAGCCAGAGCCUCGCCCUGACAUCUCACCGGCCUCACCGGCCUCACCGGCUUCACCGGCUUCAUCUUCCUCGCAAUCGCAGUCGCAGCCGCAGUCGAAGUCGCGGUCUCGGUUCUCGGCUACGGCAGCAUCGCUUGCACCAAUACUGGCAGUCGCAGGGGCGUUUGUUGCACCAGGGGUUGACUUUGAUCCAUUACUGAAUCUGCUCCAGUCAUCAUCAGCAGCACAAACCGCACAAACAGGACAAACAGGAACAGGACCAACACAAGCGUAUCAGAAUCAAAAUCAGUAUACACCACCGGAUAUGGAGGCUCUCAGACUACAGGCUGAGGCGCAGGUCCAGGCUGCACAGGCUCAAGCUCAGGCACAAGCUCAAGCACAAUACAAACCACCGGACAUGGAGGCUUUUAGAAGGCAGGCUGAGGUGCAGGUCCAGGCUGCACAGGCUCAAGCUCAGGCUCAAGCUCAAAAUACGUAUACGCCACCAGAUUUUGAGGCCUUCAGGAAACAGGCUGAAGCGCAGGUCAAGGCUGCACAGGCUCAGGCUCAAGCUCAAAACACGUAUACGCCACCAGAUUUUGAGGCCUUCAGGAAACAGGCUGAAGCGCAGGUCAAGGCUGCACAGGCUCAGGCUCAAGCUCAAAACACGUAUACGCCGGCCAAUAUCGAGGCGUUCCAAGCUCAGUUUACGCCAUAUCAGCCACAAUCGCAGGCCCAGACUUCAGGACAACCUUCGGGACAACAGUCUUCAUCUCAAGCUCAAGCUCAAGCUCAGCCUCAAGCCCAGCAACAGCAGCAAACCUUCCCUCCGCCACCCACAUCUUUUCCUCCGCCUCCCUCUUUCCCCCCUCCCCCAACUGGCCCAGCUCCUUCCACUUCAUCUUCAUCCCCAUACUCAGCCUCGAACCCUCCUCCUCCUCCACCUCCUACUUCUCCCCCAAACAACCCUCCUCCUCCCUCCAGUGCUCCUCCUCCAUCUGGCCCUCCCCCUUCAAACCCAUCUUCAUCCCAAUCCCCCAUCCCCUACGACAAAUGGACCCCCCUCUUCCAGUCCAACGGCACUCCCAACUUCAUUUUCAUAGCCCUCAUCAAAUCCUUCUUCGAGAUGCUAGUCGCUCAGCAAACUCCCGAGAUGAGGCCGGCUAGUGGAAACGGGAUGAUGGCACAGGGACAGAAGUUGUUGAGUCCGGAGAAGUGCUCGGAGUUUUUGGAUGUACAGGGUUUCGCUUUGGAGCAUAAUACUUGGAAACUCAACAAAACCCCCUGGUCAAGCAGCAUCUCCGUCCCCGGCCUGCCCAACCCCUUGGCCGCCGUAACCCCCCUCGACAAAGCCGACUGGGAAUUCCGUCUGAUCCUCCAAGCCUUCGGCAUCCACCACAUCCCCAUCCCGCGUCCCCGCGCCGCCCACUCUUCACGACCCGAACAAGUCCAACGCACCCCCUUCAUCCCCUCCUGGCUCACAAACAUGAUGGCCGUCGAAGCCCAAGAGAUUCCCGAGGGGAUGCGCGUCCUGGGCGUUGGCCAGACCCCGUUUCUAACAGAGCAGGGGUUCAUCAAGUACAUGGCUAUUGAAACGGCUGGUGAGCCGGAUCGGGGCUUUGAGGGGUUGAAUGCUGCUUUGCGGUACUAUGGUGGUGGCUCAAAUGGGAAUGGGAUGGGCAUGGGGAUGGAAGGAUGGUGGAGGAAGCUGGGUCCGAUCCCUAGGGAAAUGUUCCCGUCUACGUGUCCACCGGAGAUACAGACGGCGGUGGAUAUCGGGCAGGCGAAGCAUAGGGAUUUAUGCCAGGAUGCAGUGGCGGGGAAUAGGGCGUAUCAUCAGAUGACGGCGCAGGGGAGGAGGAAUGCCGAGGAGCUGGUUAGUGAUUAUCGGUAUGUGAGGGUUGAUCAGUAUGGGAAUAGGAUUUACUAG